CGCGUCGGUGCAGUCUGAGUGAAGAGCCCAUCAGCUUGGACCACAUCUCAGAGCAGCGGAGCUCCGGUCUGGACGCGGGCCAAGCCUGUCUGGUGUCAAACCAGCCUGAACAGAUACUCUCAGACAUCUCAUUUCUUCACCUCAUUCCUGAGACGGGACUCUGCCCACCCCUUGUGUAAAGCAAUUUAAACCUGAUAGCUCAUCAUCUCCACUGAAAAUAUUUGCUGGAGUAUUAGACAGUCGCUCUUUGCUUCUUCCUCACAAGCACUUUGCCACCGUGCACAACCCGAGCCCGGUCAUGGCUUUUACGCGCAAACCUCCGUCCUCCGACUGUCCUGUGAUGAUAUAUUUUUUAUUCCAAGCUUGAUUUUGGAGUUUCAGCAAAUUCUGACUUCUCUAAUAUUUUUAUAUUUCUCUUUCAUCCGUGGAAAUGCUCCGUCCAGAACCAUAAAGGACCAACGUUUGCUUAAUAUGAACUUAUUGCCAAGUGGAAUAUGUUUUUAUUUAUCGGUAGCAAUCUGCUGGCUGACGGCCGAGGUCGAUGCGUCCUGGUGGUACAUGGGCACCCUGGGCUCCCAGGUGAUGUGCGACAACAUCCCAGGUCUGGUGAAUAGGCAGCGCCAGCUGUGCCGGCAGCACCCAAAAGUGAUGCAAGCCAUCGGGGCCGGGAUGAAGGAUUGGAUCUCAGAGUGCCAGCACCAGUUCCGCAACCACCGCUGGAACUGCAACACCACAGCCAGGGACCACAACCUGUUCGGACGCCUGCUUCUACGCAGCAGUCGCGAGGUGGCUUUCAUGUACGCCAUCUCCUCGGCCGGUGUGGUCUACACGUUGGCGCGAGCCUGCAGCCAAGGCGAGCUGGACUCCUGCUCCUGUGAUCCCACUAAGAAGGGCUCGUCGCGGGACGCCAAGGGCUCUUUUGACUGGGGCGGCUGCAGUGACCACGUGGAGCACGCCAUUCGCUUCAGCCAGGCCUUCGUGGACGCCAAGGAGAGGAAGGAGAGGGACGCCCGGGCGCUCAUGAACUUACACAACAACCGGGCCGGCAGGAAGGCGGUGAAGCGCUUCAUGAAUCUGGAGUGUAAAUGUCACGGUGUCAGCGGGUCGUGCAGUGUUCGGACCUGCUGGCUGGCCAUGGCCGACUUCAGGCGCACUGGCGACCACCUUCGCAAGAGGUAUAACGGCGCCGUGCAGGUGGCCGUUAACCAGUACGGCACUGGGUUCACUGCCGCACACGCACACUUCAAACGACCCAGCAAGAAUGACCUGGUGUACUUCGAGGACUCGCCCGACUACUGCAUACGGGACCACGAGUCAGGGUCGAUGGGGACUGGGGGGCGGGUCUGUAACCGGACAUCUCGUGGCGUUGACGGCUGUGAGGUGAUGUGCUGCGGUCGAGGCUACGACACGUCGCGGGUCAGCCGGACCACCAAGUGUGAGUGCAAGUUCCACUGGUGCUGCGCCGUGCACUGCCGAGACUGUCACCAGCAGGUCGACGUGCACACCUGUAAGGGCCAGACGUGACCUCGCCGCCGCCGAACACUACUGACCGCUCGCCUUAAACCAGCAGUCGUACUAGUCACCGUGUAGAAACCACUGCUUUUGUACUGGACCUAUCAUCCAGCUGUAAGGAUAUCUCCGUCCUCAGUGCUCAGCCAACUUUCUGCAGUGAAACCUGGUUUUCAAAGGCAAUCAGACUUUUCUGUCGUCAUUUCUUCCAGUUUUUUUAACCUUAAAAGCCUUUUUUGAACAGAUGCUUAUGACAGAAACAAUCUGGUGUAGAAACUGUUUCAACCACCUGUAAAAAACAGUAAAGGUCUGACACACAAGUACACUGAAAAUAUAUUCUAUAAUCUAUCGUAGUGUUGUCAAAUCUCUCGAGAGAAUUUCAAGUUUGGUUCGUCCCUUCUGGGCUGCUGUAGAAACAUGGCGGACUCCAUAUCUGUAGAUAUAAAAGGCUCAUUCUAAGGUAACAAGAACAUAACAAUUGCUAUAUCCACGUGAUUAUACACUAAUGAAAACAUACGUAUGAAUAUUAGAUCCUCCUUAAUGUUACACACUGGACUUUUAUACACAAGUCUACCCUCUCUCUCUCUCUCUCUGCGUCCAAACUCUGCAUCACACACACACACACACACACACACACAGGUAACCACCGACCUUUGUUUGUUUAUGUAAAUAUGUGGUUGUGUAAAUUAAAAUCAGAUGUAUAGUGUAUGGAACCAUUAUCUGUAACCAAGAGGCACAUUUUAACUAAUAAACACUCUUCACUUCCUCCUGUCGUGCAAGCCAAUCACAUGACUGAUGAUCACCGGAGUUAGACCGAACAUCUGACUGCUUCAACAAAGAGUUGGUUUGUUAAGCAGUUUUUUUCCUUUGGCGAUAUGUUAAAGGAAAAACUAUGUUAUAGCCGGAUCAUCAUUCCGAUCGGUAAUAACUUAACACUCAGAGUUAAUUGUGGGGACUGAGGAAGGAAAAAUAUAUACACAAACACCUACAAGUGUGUUUCCACGUUGGAGCUCUUAACCUACAAAUCACAGUCACUUAAUGUUUUUGCAGAUCAUUUUCGAAUGUAUGCGUCAGGUUUAGACGUUUGGAUGGAUUUAGUUGUUUCUGUGGCAUGAAACUCGAUUGUCAGAAAUUUCAGUUGUUUUUCAGUGAACAUAAUGACCAACAAAUGACGAAUGACAUCAUUCCUUGGCAAUGCCGUUUUUUUUCAGAUCCGAUUAAUUUAGAAAGUCUGCGUCACGGGACAACAGUAAUGUAUCUCUGGCAAACAUUAAUACAGACUGCUAUCAAUUACACAUCUCAAGAUACAAAAUCUCAUGAAAUCCAGUGUCGGCCUGGAACAGCAGACCCUAGAAUUACUUCCCCAUGGUUGUAUGCCUCUGCCAACCAGUCAAGCUGCAGUUUAAAUCCAUGUAUGUCCAGACUCAUGAUAUAUGUGGUGAAUACUUGGAAGGAAUGGAAUAAAAAGGUAUACCGUGUAAUUUUUGGCUAUACAGUUGUAUGCAAAAGUUGGGCACCCCUAGACAAAUAUCAUUUUGGUGAUAUUUUUUAAACUGAAAGUACGUAAACAGUCUUUUAUAGGACAUAGAAAUCAGUUUUUUGUAGCCAGCGAGAAGCCUAUCAGUCUUUGCUUCUAGUCGGCAAUAGCAAUAUUCUUGGGGCGUCCUAAGUCAGGGGACUGUUAGGGCCAUUGCAAAACAGCUUCAGCUACAGGUAGUCCACGGUGGAUUUUGAGGUAUGUUUAGGGUCAUUAUCCUGUUGUAGAAGCGUUCCUCUUUUCAGCUUCAGCUUUUUUUUAUAAAUGCUGUGAUGUUUGCUUUCAGAAUUUGCUGCUAUUAAGUGGAGUCCUCCACCCAUGCAGCGCUUCCUGUGCCACUGGCUACAACACAGCCCCAAAGCAUGAUAGAUCCACCCCCAUGCUUAACAGUUAGCGAGGUGUGCUUUUCAUGAAAUGCUGAUGUUCGGUUGCAUACUUCUGACGUUGGAUGUGCACACGGGUAAGAUUUGCUGACUAUAUGCAAGCCAAGACCGCCACCAUUCCCCUGAGCCGCAGUCUAUUAAUUAUAUUCUGUGCAAACUGAAAGCUGACAAGGCUUUGUUAUGUUUUUGUAGUCUUCUCCUGCAUUAUGGGGGUCAAUUACUUUUUCCUAAUAGUUCAUUGUUGGACUGAACUUUUGCACAUGCCACAAUGAUUAUGAUUUAUUUCAGUUGAACUUGACAUAAAACGCAACUAUGUAUUAAUUUUUGCUGAAAUUAUUGUGCUCUAUGUUUCACCUCCUAGAGAGCUUGUGUCUGCAUGUUUUCAAUUAAUAAAAAAUAAAAAAAACCA